UUAUAUACUUGGAAGCUGGACUGAAUCCUAAAUUCUUCUAGUUCCUUCAAAUAUCUGGCUUUGACUCUCCAAACUAACAUUUCCAAUUUUCUCCCACCCUUGUGAUGUGAAAUCAUUAAGAACAAUAAUUGCCUUCAAAUCUCCUUGCAAGAGAAUAUAUCAAGUCCUCCUCACUGCCCACAUGACAGCCAAACUUUAGGGACUUGAGCCUUGGGAACACAUCUCACAUCCAAAGAAGGCGCCACCUGACAUAUGGCUCUAUACAAAUGCUCGAGACCUCUGAACCAAAUUACUAGGAAAAUGAAGAUGGCACCUAACGUGGACAGGCUCCAGUUCUCAGGUUUCCAGCCAAGACUGGUCGACUAGCAGGUCAGAUUGGCUGCGGUAAGAAGAGGAGCAGAGGCUUCACCAAAUCACAAAUCUAGGAUUUUCAUUUUACUUGGUCUCCUCCCUGGAAUCCUGGCAACAGGUGUGCGUAGUUGCCCUUCGAGGAACCCAAGCCUGGGGUUGCUAUGGAGAUAGGACGCUGCAACUUGCAGAGCCGCUGGGACCCAGGAAUCUCUCAGCCGACCUCAACAAGGUAACUGCCCUGCGUUGCCUCUUUCCAUAUCUGCACGCCCCCUUCAUCCACAACGUCGUUUUUUCUCGACUCCUUCCAUGGAAGACUUGACAUCCGCAAAGGAAGAAAAGGCAGACCAAGAAGUGGGGGAUGUAGGGCGGCCAUGGGAAGAAAUAACAGUGGCUUCUUCCCAAGAUCCGGAGUCUGGUUUAUCUGAGCCCCUGGAGUCGGAGCAGGGGCCAGAAAGAGGACCCCAACCCAGAAGCAGCCCUCCUCAGAGCCCACAGUCUAGAACCAGCACUCCUCUGGAUGACCUCACAGGACCAGACGCAUCAUCUGCACCUUCCCCUCCUCAGGAGGCCCCUUCCCCUCCUUCUAUCCUGACUCUGGCCAGACAGGAGCUUGGCACACCUUGGCAGUCGGACAAAACCCCUGAUGUGGAUCCCAAAGCUGGGACACCUCGCUCCCCCCAUUUGGAACAAUCAUCUGAUAAAGGAGAAUCGACUGCUCCUCAAACGUGCCAAUCAGAAGGAAACACCUUUCAACAGUCUCAGCAAACCGGACAUCACCUGCAUGGCCCAGAAGAUGUGAGUGAGAACAACUCUAAACAAAAAGAGCUGAGAUUUAACAUCUUUCAGGAGGAAGACUCAAACAGUAACUAUGAUCUGGAUUGUGCUGAGCCUGGGGUCUCGGAAGUGGCCCCCAGCCUGCUUGAGAUUGCCAUUCAGAGUGCUAAGGCUUACCUACUGAAGACCAGUAGCAAGUCUGGCUUAAAUUUAUAUGAUCAUCUUUCUGAUAUGCUCACGAAGGUCUUAGAUGAGCGUCCUGAAAAUGCUGUGGACAUCAUUGAAAGUAUCAGCCAAGAUGUGAAGAUGGCACAUUUUAGGAAAAAAUUAGAUACACUCCAAAAUGAGAAUGAGAUGCUUCCAACAUAUGAAAUAGCAGAGAAGCAAAAGGCUCUUUUUCUCCAGGGAAAUUUGGAGGGAGCCGACCAAGAACUGGAAGAUGAAAUAGCAGAAAACUCUCUCCCAAACCUAAUGGAGUCAGCCUUUUAUUUUGAACAAGCUGGAGUUGGCUUGGGCACAGAUGAGACUUAUCGCAUAUUUCUUGCCCUCAAGCAACUUACUGACACCCACCCAAUCCAAAGAUGCCGCUUCUGGGGCAAGAUCUUGGGUCUGGAAAUGAAUUACCUGGUGGCUGAAGUAGAAUUCCGGGAGGGCGAGGAUGAAGAGGACAUAGAAGACGAAGAUGUCCCUGAAGAGAGGGACGAUGGAGACAGUGGAGCUGAUGAAGACGACGAAGAUGAAUUACCCAGGGCGUUUUACAAGACCCCACAGGCUACCCCGAAAGAAGAAAGCAGAACAGGGGCCAACAAGUAUGUGUAUUUUGUUUGCAACGAACCGGGCCGACCGUGGGUGAAGUUACCAUCGGUGACACCUGCACAAAUAGUCACUGCAAGAAAAAUCAAGAAGUUUUUCACUGGGCGUUUAGAUGCUCCCAUUGUGAGCUACCCGCCUUUCCCAGGCAAUGAGAGCAAUUACUUACGAGCACAAAUUGCCAGAAUUUCAGCAGGGACCCAUGUCAGCCCUCUGGGAUUCUAUCAGUUUGGCGAAGAGGAAGGAGAGGAGGAGGAGGAGGUGGAAGGCAGGCGAGACAGCUUUGAAGAAAACCCCGAUUUUGAAGGCAUCCAAGUGACUGAUCUCGUGGAAUCUCUAUCCAAUUGGGUUCAUCAUGUGCAACACAUUCUCUCUCAGGGUCGCUGUAAUUGGUUUAACCCCAUACAAAAGAGUGAGGAGGAGGAAGAGGAGGAGGAUGAAGAAAAAGAAGAAGAAAAAGGAGAAGAGCCUGACUAUAUAGAACAGGAAGUGGGGCCUCCUCUUUUGACGCCGAUCUCUGAAGAUUUAGAAAUCCAGAAUAUACCACCUUGGACAACACGGCUGUCCUCAAAUCUCAUUCCUCAAUAUGCUAUUGCAGUCCUUAGAUCCAACCUUUGGCCUGGAGCAUAUGCCUUUUCCAAUGGCAAAAAGUUUGAAAAUGUCUACAUAGGCUGGGGUCAUAAAUAUAGUCCAGACAACUAUACACCUCCAACUCUACCCCCAGUUUGUCAAGAAUACCCCAGCGGAGCAGAAAUUACAGAAAUGGAUGAUCCUAGUGUGGAGGAAGAGCAGGCUUUCAGAGCCGCUCAAGAAGCAGCUGCUCUUCCUGCUGAGGAAAUGGAAGAAACUGAGGAAGAUGAAGAUGAGGAAGAUGAUUAGGACCAAGAAUAAAAUCAGUCCAGUCUUGUGUGAGACUGGUACACAUACACCACGUGUGGAACCAGUUUUACAUAUAUAAUAUGUAGUAACAGUUACAUAAAAAUUGGCAACUCUUCAUGUGCAAAAUGUCAUUGCUUGAAAAUGUCAUUUGGAAUUUUGUAUGUGCGACUAUUAAUAUGUACUUAUAAAGAGACGCUUGAUGGGUUUUCCAGAGGCCUAAAUGACAUAUUCUUAUAUCACUGUUAUGAUGGUUACAGCUAGUAGAAUGUGUAUUAAAAAAAAAGUCUUAGGCAUAUUUUCUAAUAUGGAAACAUGGAAAGAUGUAAUCCACAAAAUCUUGGGGACUUUAAUAUUUAUUGGUGGGUACUGGGGCCAAAAAUAUUGAUAAUCCCUGAAUUAGAGCAUGUGUUUUUAACUAGCCUGUGAUACUGUAUGUGAAUAUUGUGUUUGAGUUUGUAUGGGGAGGGUUGUUUUUUGUUUUGUUUUGUUUUGUUGGGAAAAGGAUUUAUAAUUUUAUCACCUGCUCAAAGAUGGGAACACUCAAAACUUUUACUUGUUAACUUCUUAAAAAGGUUGUCAGUCUGACUCCUUUACCUUACAGAAAUUGGUUUGACCUGACUGGGGGAAAAUGAUCUGCACAGAGAUGGCUGGCUGGAACAUCCAGGCUUCAGAUUACUACUCUUCUACUCCUAUUUCUCUAAAAAUGAGUUUAUUAUUUCCAUUCACUAAAAAAGUAUUUUUGAGUCCUUUAUGUGCCAGGCACUCUGAGACUACUGCUAAAAAGUAGCAAUUGCUCCUGAAGUCUUUGAGCUUCCAUUCAAGGAAGGGAAUAUUAAAAGAGGAAUUGAAAAUUAGAACAGAUUGCGACUUAGCAGGUAUUGUAAUAUAAAUGUCACAGGGUACCACAGAACAGUGCUUCUCAAAUUCUGUGAAGUAUCAAUUUUUUAAAAAAAUUAAAGAUUUUAUUUGAGAGAGAGAGAGUACACAAACAGGGGGAGUGGCAGAGGGAGAAACAGACUCCCUGAUAAGCAAGAAGCAAGAUGCACAGCUCACGCUUAACUGACCGAGCCACCCAGGAACCCCUAAAAAUAAAAAUUCUAACCCAAUGCCAUUAUUUUUGUAAAAUAAAGUAUCACAGCAAUUUUAAAUUCUGAAAUCAUCUUGUCACAGACUGGCAGUUCUCAGAUCACUGAUCUAUCUACACUUUGAAAAACACUGCUAUCAAACAUUUAGAAGGUGCAUUUAAUCUGGACUUGGGACUUGAGCCUCACAGAAAGCACUUCUAAGAGCUGGAGAACUAAGGGGAGAAGGGUGCUAGGCAGUAACCACUGUUUUUUGGCAAAGGACUUUAGGCUGGAAGGAGCAGAAUUUUAAGAGUGGUGAGGGAUGAGCCUGGAGAGGUAAGCAGGGCCCAGAUUGUGUGGAAUGUCUCGACUUUAUCCAGGAGCAAUGAAGAGGACUCAAGGAAGUCACAAAAUCACAUCUGUAUUUCAGAACAUUAGGCUUCCAUGUGGAAGACUGACCGACAGAGGAUCAAGACAGAGGAUCAAGAAUGACCAGUUAGAUGAUCCCAUUAUCUAGAUAAAAGGUAAUGAUGGCAUGAAAUGGGAUAAAGUAGAAACCUGGCUGGCUGUCUGAGGGAUAGAAUAUUAGAAAGGAUGAUUCCAGAAUUUUCCAAUUGGCAGUAUUAUUCAUUCUUGGAGUACACCUUUUACUAUUUGAUGGAGUAGCUAAUAUUUAUAAAACCUUAUUCAAGUAUGUUCUUCCUUUUUUUCAUGGUGCUGCUUGUUGUUGUAUUAUAUCCAUUUCCUUAUCUACCCUGAUUUCCUUUUGAGAAACUGCCUCUGUCCCCUGGCAUAGUCUCAUGCCAAUCAGAUGUGCUCUUUCGAGAAACUGAAUUUUGAGCAGAGACAUUUGACCUCAGCUCCUAAUCUGAUUGUUCUGCUAUAAAUCGGAUCACAUGCUGGCCUCUAGAUUUGUCUUUGUCCCAGCACUAUUUCCUAGUUACCUGGUAUUCUCUAAGUUUCUGAUACUCUUUCAAUGAACUCCCUUCUGCUCAAAUUGGCCAAAGUAGGAUUCCUGCU